ACUACCUUGGAUUUGGCUUUCGCUAUGGACUGUACGGGAAGUAUGAGUUCGUAUAUCAAAACAGCCCAGGACAAUAUCAGAAAUAUUGUCGAGGAAAUUGUGGCUGCUGAAAAGAGUGAUAUCCAUCUAGCUUUGGUUGAGUACCGAGAUCAUCCGCCUCAAGACAAGACUUAUGUAACCAGGACUCACGACUUUACUCCGUCAGUGAAAACGAUGAAAGGAUGGUUGGAUGGUUGUUCUGCUUCAGGUGGUGGCGAUACUCCAGAAGCCGUUGCAGAUGCUUUACACGACGUUUUAAAACUCAGUUGGAGAGAAGAGGCCACGAAAAUCUGUAUUUUGAUUUCGGAUGCUCCGCCUCACGGACUAAGCAAUCGAUCCGGUGAUUCAUUCCCAAACGGAUGCCCAGACAAUAUUGAUCCGGUGGAAGUUGUGAGAUCUAUGGCUCAAAAGGGUAUAACUUUAUAUACCGUUGGUUGUGAACCUAGUAUUACCCCCUACAAAGAAUUUUUCACUGCUAUUGCGUAUAUCACUGGCGGUCAGUAUGUUCCCUUGACUGGUGCGAAAUCUUUGACUCAAAUUAUUAUUGGGGGAGCCCAAGAGGAAAUGUCUCUUGAA